AUGGCCAGCAACACCACAGCCGCCGACCCUGGCCUCCCGCCGGACCUAUUCGAUCAGACCACCCUGGUGUCCCUCGCCUCCACCGUCCUGAUCUUGGCCGUGGCCUACGCUACGUCGCUCAAAGCCCUGUCGCCAUCGACCCCGGGCAGCUACCGAUUCCUGUUCAUCUGGCACGCGUUCGACGCGUUAAUCCACUUCUUCCUCGAAGGAAGCUUCCUCUCGAUACCCUACGACAGCCUCACAGUCGGCGACCUCCGCUCCGGCCGCUACUACUCGACGCAGCAGGGUUACCUGGGCCAUGACGACCGCAUCUGGGGCUCGCAGGCCGCCGCCGCCGACAACCCCUUUGCGCAGCUGUGGAUGGUUUACGCGCGCGCGGACAAGAGGUGGGCUGGUGCAGAUACGACUGUCGUGAGCCUGGAGCUCCUGACGGUCUUCGUCGUGGCCCCGCUGGCUGUGCUGGUCUGCUACGACAUCGCCAAGAAGAAUUCGCGCGCCAACAUCUUGAUGGUGAUCAUCGCGACUGCUGAGCUGUAUGGAGGCUUCAUGACGUUUUGCCCUGAGUGGCUUACCGGCAACCAGUUCCUGGACAGCAGCAACUUCAUGUAUCUCUGGGUGUACCUGGUCUUCUUCAACAUGCUCUGGGUUUUCAUCCCGUUCUAUGCCAUCUACGUCAGCUGGAAUGCCGUGAACGCUGCUUUCACGAGCCAGACUGUGGUCCAGGUGGUCAAGAAGACGAAGUAG